AUCCUAGUCAAGAUCCGGACCGGAACCUUGGCGCGGCAACGCCGGUUUCCGGCGGGCUCCUUAGAGCGGCGAACAGCUUUGGCCCGGAGGACCAUGAGAGGGCCGGAGCCGGGUUCCGAACCCACGAUGGAAGGAGACGUUCUGGACACACUAGAGGCGUUGGGGUAUAAGGGACCACUGUUAGAAGAGCAAGCCCUUACCAAGGCAGCUGAGGGUGGACUAUCUUCACCUGAAUUUUCAGAGCUCUGUGUUUGGUUAGGCUCUCAAAUAAAAUCAUUAUGCAACUUGGAAGAAAGUAUCACUUCCGCUGGGAGAGAUGAUCUAGAAAGCUUCCAGCUUGAGAUAAGUGGUUUUUUAAAAGAAAUGGCAUGUCCAUAUUCUGUCCUCAUAUCAGGAGAUAUUAAAGAGCGUUUAAAAAAGAAGGAUGACUGCUUGAAACUUCUAUUAUUUUUAAGUACAGAGCUUCAAGCUUUACAGAUAUUACAGAACAAGAAAUGUAAAAAUUCUCAAUUAGAUAAAAACAGUGAAAUUUAUCAGGAAGUUCAAGCUAUCUGUGAUACCCUUGGUGUUCCCAAUUCAGCAACUUCUGACAUUCCACUUACGUUAAACCAAGUGGAGUCAAAGGUGAAAGAUAUUCUCGCAAAAGUCCAGAAAAAUCAUGUGGGAAAACCAUUGUUGAAAAUGGACUUAAAUCUGGAACAGACAAAACAACUGGAAAGAAUCAACGAUGCUCUUUCCUGUGAAUAUGAAUGCCGUCGGAGGAUGUUGAUGAAGCGAUUGGAUGUAACAGUGCAGUCCUUUGGAUGGUCUGAUAGAGCUAAGGUGAAAACAGAUGACAUAGCAAGAAUUUAUCAGCCUAAGCGUUAUGCUUUGUCACCCAAAACAACCAUUACAUUGGCACAUUUACUUGCUGCUCGUGAAGAUCUUUCCAAGAUCAUUAGGACAAGUAGUGGCUCUAGCCGGGAGAAGACGGCAUGUGCCAUUAAUAAGGUGCUGAUGGGAAGGGUGCCGGACAGGGGAGGACGGCCGAAUGAAAUCGAACCACCACCCCCUGAAAUGCCACCUUGGCAAAAGAGACAAGAAGGCGGCGGAAGGGGUGGUUGGGGUGGUGGAGGUGGAGGUAGAGGAGGUGGUGGGGGUGGAAGAGGUGGC